AUGGAUCUUUCAUAUACACUCAUCAAAGAGGAGUUUCCUACUGGUGUCAGUGAUUCUCCAUCACCAGCAUCUUCUUACCUCCAUUCAAACUCCAUGGCCCCAAUUGAUCCAACCACAUUAAGCUCUCCGCAACCAAUAGAAGGUCUCCGCGAAUCAGGCCCACCUCCAUUUCUGACAAAGACAUAUGAUUUGGUGGAAGAUUCAAGAACCAAUGAUGUUGUGUCUUGGAGCCAAGACAAAAACAGCUUCAUUGUCUGGGAUCCACAAGCUUUUUCCAUGACUCUCCUCCCCAGAUUUUUCAAGCACAAUAACUUCUCUAGCUUUGUUCGCCAGCUCAACACAUAUGGUUUCAGAAAGGUGAAUCCGGAUCGAUGGGAGUUCGCAAAUAAAGGGUUUCUUAGAGGGCAAAAGCAUCUCCUCAAGACAAUAAGCAGAAGAAAGACAAAUAACAAUAAUCAAAUGCAACCACCUGAAUCAUCCUCUCAUCAACAAUCACCAGACAAUUGUUGCAUAGAAGUUGAUCGAUAUGGUCUAGAUGGAGAAAUGGACAGCCUAAGGCGAGACAAGCAAGUGCUGAUGAUGGAGCUAGUGAAACUGAGAAAGGAACAACAAAGCACCAAAAUGUAUCUUACAUUGACUGAAGAAAAGCUAAAGAAGACUGAAUCAAAACAACAGCAAAUGAUGAGCUUCCUCGCCCGCGCGAUGCAGAAUCCCAAUUUCCUUCAGCACCUCGCGAAGCAGAAAGAGAAGAGUAAGGAUAUGGAAGAAGCAAUCAGAAAAAAGCGACAGCGGCCCAUAGAUCAAGGGACAAUUGACGUGGCUAAUGUAGAAGAUUGUGAUGAUGAUGGCGGUGGUGGAGGUGGUUAUGGAAGGCAUGGAAACGAUGAUGGGUCCUCCUCGAGGUUUGUUGACAUGAAGCAAGAAAUAUACGGAGACAUGACUGAAUUUGAAAUGUUGGAGUUGGACAGACUUGAUGUGCACAAUCAAGGACUUGGAGAUCAGUUCACUGGGGAAGAAGCCUUGGAUGUGGAAAAAAGUGAUGAAGAAAGAGAACAAGGGUUCCUAAAGGAUAACAAAGAGACUUAUGGUGAAGAUUUUUUGGAAGAUUUAUUUAAGGAAGGUCAAAAUAUUGACUUUGAACGAGAUGAAGAAAAUGUUGAUGUGCUCAUUGAGCAACUUGGUUAUUUGGCAUCUAGUUCACACUAA